UGAAUUGAUUUUAUAGACUAUUACGUUAAUUGUACCGAUAAUUAACCGUCCAAGGUUUUAUUCGUCGAUUAAAUCUUUGAAAUAGCCGAUCAGGAAUUGACAAGAACUCACGGUUUUCUUUAUAAUUUUUUUUAUCAACUCUAGUACAGGAUCUGUUUCUAUCCAAUAAUUCAAAGACGGUCAGUCGAACAGAGAUAGAUUAGAUUAGCAAUUAUGGGAGCUGUGUUAAUUUAGAUUUAGAUUUCAAACAAUGCCUUUUUGUCUCAGAUAAGUUUUUUGUUAAUAGUCCGCAAAAGAUAAAUCAAACAAAAUUGAUGGCAAUACCGUACAUGAAUGCUUAAAAAAUUCGUACAGGGAUCGAUUAGCUAUUCCAUAUUCAUACUUUUGAAGGUGUGUAAAUCCAAAUGUUGUCCUUUUGACAAUAGUUUAUUAGCCAGUAGAUUCAUAAUAGCGAAAGUAUCGUUUUGUAUAAAGCAGAUUGGUAUGACGAUUGAAAUGAUUUUUAGUUCUAAUAAGUGUGAUAUUUCAUAAUUGUAUUUGCCUGAUUGUUGCUGAAAACUACAUGGCAUAUUGACAAUUAGAGGAAUGAUUUUAGUUUCAUUUCGCGAAUGUCAGUUAAAACAUCUCAGACUCAUAGCUGAUAACAAUAGCRUUGACGCAGCCCGAAAUUCUCAUGAGUGACAGCAUAUGUAUGAAACAAAAUUUAGAAUGUCCAUACUGCGAGGAGUUGACGAAGCUGGAGUGCAACGGAAAAGCAAAAAUAGAUUAUCGAUGAAACGUGGAAAGACCGAGUUGCCGACCAUGGAAGUCAUGAUGGAAGAAAUUAUACGUCUUAAAGAAAGGCAGGAAGAGGAUAAGCAGGCUUCUGAUAAAAGAGUGCAGGCUCUUGAAGACGAUAAGCAGGUUUCCGAUAAAAAAAUACAGGAUCUUCAAAACGAGCUAAGCUAUUUUGUAAAAAAGUCUCAAGAAACCGAUGAUGACCUUAAAAAAAGGCAGGAAGAGGAUAAGCAGGCUUCCGAUAAAAGAGCGCAGGCUCUUGAAGACGAGCUAAGCUAUUUUGUAAAAAAGUAUCAAGAAACCGAUGAUGACCUAAGAAAAAGCAUGGCUAAAAUCGAUGAGCUGGAAAAAACGACAGAUCUGUUAUAUAUAGGUCAGUUAUGUGCGAAUUUAACGGAAGAAAUUUACCGUGACUUUGCGCCAAAUUACUUUUUUAAUGAAAAAGGAGAAGAAAAAACAGACUACAAGCAACCUCAUCUAAAGGAACUUGAUAGAAAUAUUGAAAGGUUUCAUCCAAAAGCAACCAAACGGAGAAUAACUCAAAAGAGAUGGGCAAUGAAAGAAGAAGAAAUUGGCAAAGAUGUAAUCUGCUACAUGGAAAAUACAAUGGCUAUGAGGAAUUUGGAGGCUCAUCCUUCCCCAGUAAAAAAGCAAAAGCUAGAAGAAAUUGCAGAUAGGCUUGAUGGUCACAGCAAAUCUUAUCUUAAAAGGGUUAUUGCCUUAGCGCACGAGUAUCCUAAUGCUUUCAGAGAAAGUUGUCAACCUUUUGUCACAAGUAGUGACCGAAACAACGCUAUCCAAAGUUACUGAAAUGUUCAAGAGAACAUUAUGUACUAAAUCCGUGAAACAAAUAAUGUUUUUGUUUACUGGAACUUUACGUCUAGUCUCUCCAAUGCACUACAACAUCUUACACCAAAAUCGUGAAGAUCCGAACUAGCAGUUCACUUCAUAAAGAAAACCACAGGGCAGCGGGAUACUUGUGACAUUUCUGUAACC